AUGGCCGCACAAAACAGGCGGAACGACAAGACGGAACAACAAACACGCCUUCUGCGCGCGCGCGAGAAGCGAAACGCCCUGUUCCGGUCAUCCAAACAAAACAAACACCGCACGCCCGCGUGUCGCCAUUGUCAUCCAACCCGCUUCGAGCCAAUUCCGACAAGCCGGCCCAAGUGGCCACAAGGCCCGGGCAAAUCAUGGGCGAGCGGGCGGGCAACCACCAAAAGGACAGGAGAGGAGGGGACGAGAGGGGCGAGGGGCGAGGGGCACCGCAACGCACCCGCUGACAGCACGACGGAUGACGCCCAUGACGAUGAUUGCAUGGCCCAUGCUGCUGGGUGGCUGACGACGGAAGCGACUGGCCGGCACCGCCGCCGUGCAACCAGACGAAGCUCCAGGGCUACGGCAAGGCGAAAGCUUGUUACGGUGACGCUCGAGCCAGCGCCGGCAACGUGGUGUCGCUCUUGGGGGGACGCUUCCAGAGUGGCAUCGAGGGCUGAUCGGGCGGACGCUUCGCCAACCAAAAUCCAACAAGCCGGUUACUCUGCGGCCUUUGCAUGGAGGGGUCCCCCCCUCCGUCCUCUCCCACUGGCCUGGCCUGGCCUGGCCUGGUUGUGGCCUGGUACGGUCCCGUCGACACCGGGGCAUGCAGUGCGCAUGUGUCGGUCUGCCACGCACCUCUGGGGACACCUCUGUUGGCCAGCCACGCAGGUCGCUACCAAUCUCGCGGGCUGCCACGCCGAUCCUGGGGACACAAUGCCGGCGGGCUUCCAGUUUGAUCAGCGCAAAAGAAAGGACCCUUCUUUCGACGGGGUCGCGCGAGGGACGCGAUCCACGGCCGUGGCCCCGGCCGACGGUGUCGUGCCAUGCUAUGCUAUGCCAUGUCAUGACCAUGUCUGCUUGCUGCGCUCGGCCCGAUGGCGAGCAGAGCGUCGGCAAAGCCGUCAUCGCCUGGAGUCAUCGGCGGGUCUCCGUUGCGUUGGGUCUUAG